AUGCAGAACUUUGAUGAUCUUGAUAUAGAGGGACGUAAUCCUUCUCAUUUGUCAGAAGAGGAUAAGGAAAAGGAUGAGUAUGAUCGCAAACGUGUAAUGCGAUGCAGCGUUACCGCCGAAGAUGGUGCACUGAGACCAGUCUACUCCGAGACCGAAGAUGGUGAUAUAUGGUGUCAUAUCUGUAACGUCGCCCUGUUUGGAGCGCACAAGUUGAUAAGUCAUAAUCUGUGUAAUCGUCACAAGAUGAAGCUGGACGAGUGGCCGUAUCCGGUGAUGCUCUGGUCGAAGCGACCCCAGGACGCGGCCAAGAACACGGUCGCCCCGGUGCAGUCCACGACCAUCGGCGACACUCUGGCGCCUGGCGAGCCGGUACCGCCCGGCAUGGAGGAUCAGAUAACGCGGAUAACGUCAAUACAAAUCAGCCUGGACCGGCAUCAGAGCUCGCCGCUCGUCGGCCUCGAGUACCUCCUAGAACUGGUGGACAACGAUUCUUGCGAACCGAGUUACACGUGUGUUUUGUGCGACAAACGCGGCGAUCCGCGUACAGUAAUGGCUCACAUUACCAGUUACAAUCAUCGGAUCACGUAUCUCAACAGACACUUUCCAACUAUAUCGCGAGCGAUCACCGAGUUACCGCGUACCCCGAACUAUAAGCGCGGGGCCAACGAAAUAUCGGUGUUAGUGGCGAAGAGAAUCGAAGAGAAGUUUGGAAGAAUGAAGCCGCAACUGAUCGACAAGGUUCAGUUCGAAAAGAAUAAGAUGCAGUAUAUCAAGAGGGUUUAUCAGGAUGUACAUUUUAGGGAAACGCCAGAGUGUACGUUUAUGGAAGUUUAUGAUGUGCGAUGGGUGACAAAUUUUGAUGAAAAAUUGGCAGAAAUAAAUGGUAAUAAUGUUAGAAAGAAGGUUUUUUAUCAAGAUGCCAUUAUUGCUGAUGAGAAGAUUGAUGACAAAUGUAAAAAGGAAGAUAAGAAAAAGGAAAAAUCUCCUAAAAAAUUAGAAACUACAAAAGGAGAAACUACGAAAUCGGGUUUCAAAAUGCGUAUAUUUAACAAGGACAAGAUAAACCUUCGGAAGACUUCGCCGAAGCCGGAGGAGACCGCGAAAAAGUCGCCCAAACGUCCGUCAGACGAUACAAAAUCAUUGUCGUCGCUCUCGAGCAUAUCCAGCAGUCCGUCUCCGUCUCGCUCGAGGUCUCGUUCGCCGAGUCGAGGCAGAAAGAGGAGCUCCGUCGAGAGAAGCAGCGGCAGGUAUCGCAGCGGCUCGCGAUACUCGCGCGAGCGCGCCCGCGGGCGAUCGCGAUCGCGAUCCCGGUCGCGCUCGCUGCAGCCGCUCCGGGAACGCGACAAGUGGGACAAGUAUCGGGAGCAGAUCAGACGCGCCGAGGAGACCCUGGAUCGCGCCCUGAAGUUUCACGAGAAGAAUCCGGAGAAACAUCCGUCCUAUCCAGACGAGUGGAAAAAGUUUUGGAACAGGCGUUACAAGGAGCUUCAGGCCGAGGGCAACGAUCCGAGCAAGCACGACUUCAAACCGGAGUGGAUCGAGUUCUGGAACAAGAGGAUGCGCGAGAUACACAACGAGCAGCUGCAACAACGAAAGGAAGAGAUCAGGAAGAGGCUGGAGCUGCCCGAGGACAAACCUCCGGAGAAAUGGAUACCACCCAGACGGGAGCGAGAACGUUCCCCGGCGAAACGUAGCAGACAUCGGCUGGAGAGCGAUGACGAGGUGGAGUACGUUGGUACGAAGAUGGUCAAACCCGAGUAUUACGAUCGUCACGAGCUCCGAGAACGAGAGUACAUGUAUUCCACGUAUAGCCGUGGCAGAGGAAGCGUGUACAGCCACAGUUAUCCGCGAACGGCGUCCCGUUCUAGACCAAUAUACUACGCGACCCCGUAUCCGGUGAAGGAGAAGUCUCCCACUCCGCCUGUCGCGGAGGAAAGCUUGUCGGAGGAUUUCGAGGUGGUUAGUCUACUGCGUUUGUUGACGGCGCUCGAGGGUCAGCUGGGUUCUCUCGGUCCUAAGAUAGUGUCGCUUUUGUCGAAAGCCUUGGCAGCCGAGAAAGCGAAGCCAAACUCCGCCGAGGAGCUCCUAUAUGACGAGGAAGUGAGCGUUCUGUUCGAGACUGUGAAGGAGAAGCUGAAGGGUCAACUAUUCGCUGGGAUGGUGGAAAAGAUGGCGAUUACCGCCACCAAAACUGCGAUACAAAACAUCGCCAAGUUGCUGCACAAAGCCUCUGAGGGCAAGAAGAAACUCCUCCUCGAAGAGGAGGAGAAGAAGAAGAACAAGGAACGAGAACUCUUGGAGGCGUCGAAACCCGCAGCAACGUCUAGCUACGUCAACAGAACCAUGUACACGAGACCAGUUGAGAUUCUUGCACCGUCCAUCAAAUCUGAACCGGUCAGUGUCCCGGGGAUCGGUACCAUCGAUAAGGUCGCCAUUGCUCAGCAGAUCGCUACCGCUCUCGUUGCACAGGGUAGAACGAAUGUCUCUCAGGAAGAGCUGGAGACCCUCAUCAACGCUGUGAUAGGCAUGGCCGAAGCGUCCAAGCAUUCCGACAAACCCGUCACCACUGCUGACUUCGUCAAGGGUCUGACCAGCAGUUCCGGUAACGUCGGAGUCGUCGCCGCCGCUGCUGCUCCUCCUCCUCAAGUAGCGGAACCCCCGAAACCGAUCGCGAUCGUCCCCAACGAGCCUUCCUCAAAGAUGGAGGAUUUGUCGGAGCUGGAUCUGAAGGUGAAGCUGCAAAACUUCAAGGAUCUGAACACGCAGGAGCAACACGGUCUCAUCAACUUUGAAAAACUCGAAGCGAGCGAUCCGAGCAGGGUGGAGAAAUUGCGAAACUUCGUCAACCUCGGCGUGGUGUCGACGUCGUCGAAUAAGGCGAAGUCGCCAAGUCCGGAGAUCGUCGAGGCCACGAUUGCCAAGGGCAGGCAAAGGAGCAUCUCCCCGUUUUCCAUUCGCAAGGGAACCCAGAAUCCGACCGAUGACGAGGACAAGUGGAAACCCAAGGUGGACAUGUUUGCGAAUGACGAGGAGGAGGAACAGCAGCAGCAGCAAGCGAAGAAGGAUAACGAUCAAGACAAGAUGAAGACGAAGUUGGACUUGUCCGACGACGACGAUGAUUAUACGUACGAGGAUAUCUACAAGGCGGCGAAUAAGAACGUGAACGAGAACGAGAAGGCCAAGAAGUCUCGCCAGGUCUUCUCCAAAUCCCCCAAUUCCUGGUCACGCUCGCGAUCCCGAUCGCGAUCGCGAUCGCCGCCGCCCAGGCAGAAGGAAAUCACAAAGACGAGCGACCCGAACGCGAUCCUGAACGAGACGAAACGUCUGAUCGCGAACAUCAUGUGCGAGCUGCCCAACAAGUACGUCCCCAAGACGCACAAUAUCGAGACGAUCGAGCCGAUGGCGAAUCCUCCGGUCGAGCAGAUACUUCCGACAACUGCGGGAAGCUUUUACAACCAGAGUUUCGGUCAAUCGCGACCGCAGGGACAGCCAUUGACGGCCUAUCCCAACGUCUCCGGUCAGCAACAGUUCGCCAACUAUCAGCAACCGCAGCAACAAAUGUUUCAACCUAGUAAUUCGGGUUACAUGGACAAUGGUUACAAUUAUCAGGGUUACAACAUGGCUAAUCAGGGCCAGUACGCUGGACCGUCCAAUCAAUAUCCUCAACAGACUUACGGCGCCUAUGUCCCACCUCAAACCAGCCAUCAGCAACCCAACUACGUUCAGCAGCCGCAGGCGCAGCAGUACGACGCUUACAUGCAGCAACCGAGAUUCUACUGAGUGCAGUGUCGAGUGUCUCGUCCUCGUUCCGUAUUUCGCAGAUUUUAUUCGUGUCUCGUCGUCAUCUAUCGCGAACUCGGACGACGACGACAUUUCCCAAUCUCUUAUGCUCUCUUUUUCUCCUUUUUUAUUAUCUGUGCGGGUACUCACAAAUGUAUCUUUCAAUGAAAUGAUUAGAUCGAUCCUAUUUCGAAAAUUAA